UGUCCUCCCGAGCCUGAGGCCGCGCGGCCCCGCCGCUCCCAGGGACCUGCGUCCCCGCCGGCCAGCCAGGAACUCUGGAGGCCUAGGACCAUGGACACACGCAGCAGAAGCCAGGGAAGCCCCGGAUGCAAGCCCCAGGCUGUGGUGCAGAAAGGACCCUUGGACCUGAUUGAGACAGGCAAAGGGCUGAAAGUGCAGACCGACAAGCCCCAUCUGGUGAGCUUGGGCAGUGGAAGACUCAGCACGGCCAUCACUCUCCUGCCGCUGGAGGAAGGGCGGACAGUGAUUGGCUCUGCAGCCCGGGAUAUCUCGCUGCAGGGCCCAGGCCUGGCUCCAGAGCACUGUUACAUCGAGAACGUGCGGGGGACCCUCACCCUCUACCCUUGUGGCAAUGUGUGCACGAUUGAUGGGCUUCCUGUCCGGCAGCCUACCCGGCUCACUCAGGGCUGCAUGUUAUGCCUGGGUCAGUCCACUUUCCUCCGCUUCAACCACCCCGCUGAAGCCAAGUGGAUGAAGAGCAUGAUCCCAGCAGGGGGUCGGGCCCCUGGGCCCCCCUACAGCCCUGGCUCUGCAGAAUCAGAAAGCCUGGUGAAUGGCAACCACGCCCCACAGCCUGCCACCCGGAGACCCUCAGCCUGCGCCAGCCACAGCUCUCUGGUGAGCUCUAUUGAGAAGGAUCUGCAGGAAAUCAUGGAUUCACUGGUGCUAGAGGAGCCAGCAGCAGCUGGCAAGAAGCCUGCAGCAACCUCUCCAUUGUCACCCAUGGCUAACGGUGGGCACUACCUGCUGUCACCCCCAACCAGCCCGGGAGCCAUGUCUGUAGGCUCCAGCUAUGAGAACACCUCUCCGGCCUUCUCUCCACUCUCCUCACCAGCCAGCAGUGGGAGCUGUGCCAGCCACUCCCCCAGUGGGCAGGAGCCAGGGCCUUCCGUGCCCCCGCUCGUGCCUGCCCGUUCCUCCAGCUACCAUUUGGCCCUGCAGCCCCCACAGUCUCGCCCGAGUGGUGCCCGCUCCUCUGACAGCCCCCGUCUGGGCAGGAAAGGGGGUCACGAGCGGCCUCCUAGCCCUGGUCUCCGGGGUCUGCUGACUGACAGUCCUGCGGCCACAGUGCUGGCAGAGGCCCGAAGAGCCACCGAGAGCCCCCGGCUGGGUGGGCAGCUGCCCGUGGUAGCGAUCAGCCUGAGUGAAUACCCGGCUUCCGGUGCCCGCAGCCAACCCCCCAGCAUUCCCGGCAGCCCCAAGUUCCAGUCUCCAGUCCCUGCUCCUCGCAGCAAGCUCGGCACACUCCAGGACCGUCCUCCCAGCCCCUUCCGGGAGCCUCCCCCCAGCAGCACCGAGCGGGGGCUGACCACCAGCCCCUCUCGCCAGCUGGUGGGCCGGACAUUUUCCGAUGGGUCUGCCACCCGCACGCUGCAGCCCCCCGAGAGCCCCCGCCUGGGCCGGCGGGGUCUGGACAGUAUGCGAGAGCUCCCCCCAUUGAGCCCCUCUUUGUCUCGCCGUGCUCUGUCCCCACUCCCUGCCCGGACCACCCCAGAUGCCACCAAGCUAAGCAGGGACAUGGCCGAGAGUCCACGGCCCCGGCGCUGGGCAGCCCACGGGGCUUCGCCCGAAGACUUCUCCCUGACUCUGGGGGCACGGGGUCGCAGGACACGGAGCCCCUCGCCCACACUGGGGGAGUCCCUGGCACCCCUCAAGGGCAGCUUCAGUGGCAGGCUGAGCCCAGCUUACAGUCUGGGCUCUCUUCCUGGAGCUUCGCCUCGGCAGAGCCCCCGUGCCCAGAGGAAGCUCUCCAGCGGGGACUUGCGGGUGCCUGUCACUCGGGAGCGGAAAAAUAGCAUCACCGAGAUCAGCGACAACGAGGACGACCUCCUGGAGUACCACCGGCGCCAGCGCCAAGAGCGGCUCCGGGAGCAGGAGAUGGAGAGGCUGGAACGCCAGCGCCUGGAGACCAUCCUGAACCUGUGUGCUGAGUACAGCCGGGCUGACGGGGGUCCUGAGGCCGGGGAGCUGCCCAGCAUCGGCGAGGCUACUGCAGCAUUGGCACUGGCAGGCCGGAGGCCCUCACGAGGCCUGGCAGGGGCCACUGUAGCCUCUGGGAGGAGUGGCGAGGAGCCUGGAGGUGCUGCCCAGCGCCUCUGGGAGAGUGUGGAGCGCUCAGAUGAGGAAAAUCUCAAGGAGGAGUGCAGCAGCACAGAGAGCACCCAGCAGGAGCAUGAAGAUGCACCGAGCACGAAGCUCCAAGGAGAGGUGCUGGCCCUGGAAGAAGAGCGGGCACAGGUGUUGGGGCGCGUGGAGCAGCUCAAGGUGCGAGUGAAGGAGCUGGAACAGCAGCUGCAGGAGGCAGCUAGAGAGGCAGAAAUGGAGCGGGCUCUGCUGCAAGGAGAGAGGGAGGCCGAGCGGACGUUGCUACAGAAGGAGCAGAAGGCAGUGGAACAGUUGCAGGAGAAGCUGGUGGCUUUGGAGACGGGCAUCCAGAAGGAGAGGGACAAGGAGAGGGCGGAGCUGGCCGCGGGACGCCGGCGCCUGGAGGCCCGCCAGGCGCUCUACGCCGAGCUCCAGACGCAGCUCGAUAACUGCCCCGAGUCAGUGCGGGAACAGUUACUGGAGCAGCUGAGAAGGGAGGCGGAGGCCCUGGAGACGGAGACCAAGCUCUUCGAGGACCUGGAGUUCCAGCAGCUGGAGCGGCAGAGCCGCGCCGAGGAGGAGCGCGAGCUGGCCGGCCAGGGGCUGCUGCGGAGCGAGGCCGAGCUGCUGCGCAGCAUCGCCCAGCGCAAGGAGCACCUGGCUGUCCUGGAUAGUCAGGCUGGGCAGAUCCGGACUCAGGCGGUGCAGGAAUCAGAACGCCUGGCUCGAGACAAGAAUGCCACCCUGCAGCUACUGCAGAAGGAGAAGGAGAAAUUAACGGUGCUGGAAAGGAAAUACUACUCGCUCACGGGAGGCAGGCCUUUCCCGAAGACCACCUCAACCCUCAAAGAGGUUUAUCGUUCCAAGAUGGAUGGUGAGCUCACCAGCCCCUUGCCCAGGACCCGGAGUGGCCCCCUGCCUUCCUCCUCUGGCUCCUCCUCCUCUUCCUCCCAGCUCAGUGUGGCUACUCUAGGCCGCAGCCCCUCCCCGAAGAGUGCUCUGCUCUCACAGAACGGCACGGGCAGCCUCCCUCGCAACCUCGCAGCCACACUGCAGGACAUCGAGACCAAGCGGCAGCUGGCCUUGCAGCAGAAGGUCGAGUUGCUUCCUGCCGAGCCCCUCCCAUCCGACGACCCAGCAGGGCAGCAGGUGAUCGAGGAGCAGCGCCGCCGGCUGGCUGAGCUGAAGCAGAAGGCGGCGGCCGAGGCGCAGUGCCAGUGGGAAGCCCUGCACGGGGCGGCGCCCUUCCCCGCAGGCCCCUCGGCCUUCCCCCCCAUCAUGCACCACUCCAUCCUGCACCACCUGCCUGCCGGGCGGGAGCGUGGCGAGGAGGGUGAGCAUGCCUACGACACGCUGAGCCUGGAGAGCUCAGACAGCAUGGAGACCAGCAUCUCCACGGGGGGCAACUCGGCCUGCUCCCCCGACAUGUCCAGCACCAGUGGUCUGGAUUUGGGCAAGAUCGAAGAGAUGGAGAAGAUGCUGAGAGAGGCCCACGCGGAGAAGAGCCGUCUCAUGGAGUCCAGGGAACGGGAGAUGGAGCAGCGGCGGCAGGCCCUGGAGGAGGAGCGGCGGAGGCGCGAGCAGGUAGAGCGGAGGCUGCAGAGCGAGAGUGCCCGGAGGCAGCAGCUGGUGGAGAAGGAGGUCAAGAUGCGGGAGAAGCAGUUUUCCCAGGCUCGACCCCUGACCCGUUACCUGCCAAUCCGGAAGGAGGACUUUGACCUGAAGACGCACAUCGAGUCCUCAGGCCACGGAGUGGACACGUGCCUGCACGUGGUGCUCAGCAGCAAGGUCUGCCGUGGCUACUUGGUCAAGAUGGGCGGCAAGAUUAAGUCGUGGAAGAAGCGCUGGUUUGUGUUUGACCGGCUCAAGCGCACCCUCUCCUACUAUGUGGACAAGCAUGAGACGAGGCUGAAGGGGGUCAUCUACUUCCAGGCCAUCGAGGAAGUGUACUACGACCACCUGCGCAGUGCAGCCAAGAGCCCAAACCCAGCUCUCACCUUCUGCGUGAAGACCCACGACCGGCUCUACUACAUGGUGGCCCCCUCUGCCGAGGCCAUGCGCAUCUGGAUGGACGUCAUCGUCACAGGGGCGGAGGGCUACACCCAGUUCAUGAACUGACCCGCCGUGGGCCUUCUGCCCCCCCCCCCCCCCCGUGGCGGCUCCAGGACCCAGGCCCAGCCGCCCGCUGCUCUGCUCCCCUAGAGACACCAAGCCCCACCGAGGGGGUGCAGCCAGGGUCCGCAGUGCAGUGCUGUAAGGUUCUGGGCUCCUGUCACUGAAGAGCCAGCCAGAGAGGAAAGGUGGGGAAGGGGCUUUGCUGCCUCUCAGAGCUCAGAAGAUGGAGGUUGCUCCCGGGCCUGCAGGUCAGGGUCACUGACAACCGCCGCCGCAGCGCCUGCUCUCCCCAACUCGUUUUCUUUGACAAAUUAUGGUACCAGAAUCUGCCAAAGAUCCCUUCCCUCUUCAGCUCCUUUUUGGGGCUCUGGGAGCCACGCAGAGCCACGUUUGGCAGGGGGCAGCCGCCCAGGCAGACGCUGCUCAGCCCUGCUCCGCCGCGCCUCUCCUUCAUUUACACUUUCCACUACUUUGUUCAAGGGCCAGACACCUCCCGUGUCACCUCACCCUUGAGGUCCCAGCCCCGCCCCCUGUCACAGACCCAGCCCCAUGGUCUCCAUGGAGACCGCCUCAUUGCCAUGGAUACAUACUAACUGCCUCGCCAGCUCCGAGGCGCAGCCCGCUGCCUCGCCUGCGGUGGGUAGUGAGGGUACGAGCCAUCAUCUCUCCAGCCCAGCCCUCUGGGCAUCUCCUGGGGGAGGGGACCGGACACCUCCCUGCGGCUCCCGCCCCCCAGCCCAACCCUCUCCCUUCCACUCGUGCCUUUGCUUAGCGCCAGGAGGGAUGACACCAAUGCAGACGGGAGAGGAAGCUAAGCGCCGUCCUCUCCUCCCAGGGUGGAUGCCUGACCCGGAAGGGGGUGCUCAGCCCACUGAGCAGAGGGGCUGCGGAGGGGGAGGGCCCAGGGCUGUGGCCAGCCUCCAGAGGGUGAUGGGGAGGAGAGAGGAGGACCAGGCUCCAGUGGCCUGGCCUCAGCCCUUCAGCCUUAACACUAAGCCCACCUCCCCGCCCUCCCCCCAGCACCGGCCCUCGGUUGCCUGGACCUAAGCUGGGAGGUUUGCAGUAUUUGUAAGCAUUUCAGCAGAACAAUAAAGCAUUUGGACUAUGGA